UUUAGUUACUUUUUCUUCCUUGAAGUCCACGUCUCAAACUUGUUUCUUCGAUUCUGCAAAUUUCUACUCAAAAAACUCCAACAAAAAUGGAAGGCGUUAACAGAGCACAAGUGAUCGAUACCAAGAGGUGUUCAAAGCUGCGGGUGGAGUUCACGCCCUCACCACGUGGCAGUCGCAUAUCGGAGCCUUUUUCUCCGGCCACUACUUCUUCAUCCCGGUUCCAUCCACCGGUUCAAUCGGACGGACCUUUCUCCGGUCUAAUCAUUUGCGUAACUGGUCUCUCUAAAGAAGCAAGGAAACAGGUUAAGGAAGCUACAGAGAGACUUGGUGGUGAAUACAGUUCUCUUUUGAAUUCUCUGUGUACACAUUUGGUUGUUCAGAGCUAUGAUGGUCGCAAGUUUGAGCAUGCCUUGAAACAUGGCCGGAGAAGAGAGAGUUUGCAUAUUGUUACUCUUGGGUGGUUUGUGGACAGUGUCCGUAGAAACGUUAAGUUGAGUGAGUCUUUUUACGCGGUCAAAAAUCAAGGAGAGACUAAGGUGAAAGCGGAUNGUUUUAUUUAG